ACGACGGGCUCUGCUACUGCCCACAUAUCAGUCAAGUUUUUUUCUACAGUGUGUUGUAGAGUAACAUUGUGCUGUUCUCUGUUCAUUUUUAAGUUAACGUUGUAAUGUAAUUUGUGAUUGUAACCGGACAUGCCGGACAGACAGCGCAAGAUUGGUCGUUAGCGCUCUCACUCCAUUUCCCAGAUUCUCGUUGUUGUAAACCUGUUUAAACCUAUCGAGGGAAAACUGUCCAGGGGCAGCAGCAUGAUUAAUUAGCUUUUCUUUUUACUAUCUCUUUCAGUGGGACAAAGUACAUAGUACAUAAGUCAAUAAUAGCAAUGGCAGAACUUAAACCUUGUAAAGUAUGCAACUUCAGCCGUCAAAAAUCUGUUGGACUUGUAGUGUAUUCAUUGGAUCAACUCAAAGUGAAAGGAGGUGAAACUUUAGGAUUCUCCCCAGACACGUCUGUCUCGGUGGUGCUUGAGGAUGAUGGAACUAUUGUGGAAGAUGAUGCAUAUUUCCUGUGUUUACCUGUCAACACAAAGUUCAUGCUGUUGCAUGGAAAAGAGUCCUGGGUCCCUAUCAAUAAAAUUGAUGGUGGCACUGCCUGGUUAAGCCGAGAAUCCAUAGCCCUGGAUGAUGAUGAAGUGGAUACGGUGUUCAGUGAAACAGACGCCUGGCAGAGUCUUGCUGCCCAGCUGAAGCACAACCUUGCCAGCAUCAUUCUGUUGUCUGAUGCUGAGCUCCAGACCCUGGUGGAUGUGCCAUGCACAGACCUGGCUUCAGCGUUGGGCUUUCCCCAGAAGAAGGCUCAAGCCCUGCAGGACACACUCCAGACUGUCUUGGACCGGAGAGAGGAGAGCAGGCAGUCCAAAGAGCUGCUGCAGCUUUACCUGAAGACUGUGGAAAAAGAGCGAGAGCAAGAGGCCAGUCAGGAGGGAGAAGAUGAUGAUGCUGUUGAGACUGAUGAUAUGGAUGAGGUGGACUCAGUCUCAGGGUUUCACACUAGGACGCUGAUGGUCUUGAAGGGCAAGACAAGCCCAGAGACACGGCUCUCCAAUCAAGAGCUACAGAUGGUGGUGAAUAAGGGUGCUGCCUCCUUGAAGCGAAUCCUUGGCUGGGACGCAGACAGAACUACUGCCCUGGUGCAGGCUUGUGAGGCUGAACUGGAGGGACGUCUCCAGCAAGUCCAGGCUCUCGCGUCUCUCAGUGCUCAGUCCCAACAGCCCAGCGACACAUCAAGCACAGAGGACGCAGACAAGAUCAAGGCCAAACGCAGCAAAUAGAGUAGGAAUAAAAAGAAACUGAACUUCACGAAGAGCUAAAAAUAUCUGGUUCUCGCGGAGGAUUAGACCAGGAGAAAAUCACUGCCUUUCCAAAUGAGCGCUGGUGGGACGUGUUUCACAGUGCCAAAUUCCCUUGUUGACUCAGAAUAUUCCAUAUUUAUCCAGUAUUGUACCUCACAGUACACCUGCUCUUAUGGUGUUUUUCUAUGUGAGUGUGAGUCACAGACUCCAGCCCUUAAAUGGCAGAGUGUUUUUCUGCUGUUUUUUUUCUCAUUAUCCUUGUUUGUGACUCCAUCAUCUUUGCAGCGGUAAGGAACACAUGGCACUCAGUGGCUCUCCCUGCACCUGCGGCAACAAGAUCUUGCUCCUUUCUUAUUAUGGGGAAAAUUGGUUAGAAAUAAGUUGAGGUUUACUUAAAUUAUAAAAAUGCCUGUAAGCAACACCAUUAACAAAACUGACUGAGCUCUACAUGGAAAAUCCCCUGACCCUCAUACCUAUGCAAAUGUCAGCAGAGCAAUCUUAAGGUUUUCUUAAAACUCAUCAUUUGUUGCUGUUUUGGAUUUUUUUGUAGAUUUUGUACUGUUUUAAGAAAAUGAAUUAUACCCUGUGUAGUAUACGCUUGAGCGGGUUUUGUCUAUUAGGCUCCAGCCUCUACCAUUAAAUUUAAAUUUGUCAUA